GGUCCUGUUAAUGGCUUACUGCUAGCUCGACACAGUUGAGACUACUGAGUUUCUCGGUGAAAGCGCAAAGACUGGGCGAACUUUUUUCCCCCCUCAGGAUCCUUUAGUAGAAUAUGGAUAAGAGUUCUGGAGCAUUCGGCGACUAACAUCUGUGAAAGCAGAUGUAUGAAACAACCGCUCCUAAACAGACACGUAAAAGAGAAAACAGCAAUUAGCCCAAAAACAAAGUCACAUAUCUUUGCUAGCUUGGAAUUAACAAGCGUGGCCAUGAGAUGAUCUUAACCGUCACCCCUCCUGUUUUUGAUCCCCGCCUCACACUUCACAGGAAAACAGCCUAUAUGAAUGGCAGUAAUACGGGCACAGAUCCAAGUACGGUCUUCGGGGGAAAGUCAGCCAAGGCCCGUAGGAGUCACAAUGGAGGUCUAUAGAGGACGCACAGGCUGACAGACAGUUCAGCGGGUCCUCGGCGCAGAUAAGUCACCCCUAUACAGACCAGACGAGGGUUCAUUGCUAUUGACCUGCGAGAACAGCGCGUCCACUGAGCCUCCCCACCUUGAAUGGCCUUGUUGAAAAGGAGAGCCAUAAAUUGGCAGAUGAGCAGUGAGAGGAAUGGGGUGGGGGUCUACUCUGCCUCCCCUCUUCAUCCCACCUCCCACUCUCUCUUGCUCUCUCACAUGCUAUCUCUUUCUUUCCUUUACCAAGUAGUGGUUUCCAUCUCACCAAACCCCUUUCCCCCUGAAUGUUUAAAAAGAUGAAAGGAUAAGGAAAAGAAUGGAGACAAAAGAGCGCAGGCUUGUGUUACAACCCUGCCCCUGAGAGACUGCUCAUGAAAGAGUUCGGGGAUGGGAGAGAUAGGGACCUGGAGAGGAGACACAGAAAGAGAAGGGGGGGAUCGUGAAAAGAGGGUUUUCAGGCCGCUAAAACGGGUCACUCUUGUAUUGAGAGGCAGACUAAAGUGCAGUCUUCACUCUGAGUUGGAGACAUUUAACACUGUCAGGACCAUCAGAUGGAAGGCGGCGUUGAUAUACUUGUACUCACUGAGUGAUUGCACAAGCGCACAUGACUUCACGUGCACACGCUUUGUUUGUCUUAUCCUCAUCCAGCGUACAGUAGAAGCAGAGAAUCUUCUGAGAAUUUUCGGGAUCGUCUUUGCCAAUCAAACACAAACACUUGCGCGCACAUACAUACACACUCCCUGGUGUCUCCUUUGCGGCAUUCCUACCCCUUGGCAUUUACUGUCAGUCGCUCGAAAUCCGUUCAACCCUCCCACCAUUCUCUCUAUCUCCAUCCCUGUCUGAACUUGCCCUGUGUGCACUUAGAUAUUUCCACCUCGGGGUGCAUCAAUGAGAGUUUGAGUGGUUGAGAGAAACCGAGCAAGAGAAAGUUGUUAGCUCGGUGUGGAUGGGAAUCACCUUCAGACAAAGCGAUGACUGAAAAGGCAGGGAUGCGUUUUUCUCGGGCUUUCGCGUGCAUAUUUAAGACAUGCAAAUGUAACUGUGACCGUUUCACAACCGAGGAGACCCAGAGGUUUAUCUCAGGCAUUCAUUCACAGAACAAGUUUUGCUUCAUACUACCACUCUAACACGUCACAUUAAAAGCUUUCCUUAAUCCUUAAGUCAUCAAAACCCUUUAAAGUUAAGCCACACUAUUUAGCAGGUAAAUUCAGUGCUGUACAGUGGUUUUCUGUUUUCAGCAAACAACAGUAUCAUGACUGAAACAGGUUUCCGGUCUUUUAUUAAAGCCCCGUAAAGAAAACAAACAAACAGAUUUCUUUUACAGCACAGCGCUGCCUUGUACAGAGUCUCUCCCUUCAGAGGAGCAAUUGAAUUUGACUCCACACGUGAUCCACCUUUUGGAUCCCGACAUCUUCAACUGGUUCUCAUUUUGAAGUUUCCAGAUGUCACUCUUACUCCCUUCGGCCCCUGUGAUGAAUCUUUCCCACAGGCAGCGCCAUCAGACAUCAGCUUGUUGCCUCUGCACUGGACAUCCUCCUGCAUUUGAAACUCGGAUCCGAGCGAAAUUGGAAGGUAGCUAUUAUAGCAAUUAUUGCAAAUAGCUGAGCCGAGCUGACAGGGCGAGGCUCUCAGUCUGUCUGUCCACAACAGAGCCACCAAGUCAGGCCUCAAUUACACAUCCUCAGCCUCCCCAAGGUACCUGGUGUCAGUCCUCCAUCAUCUCCUCUUCCAUCUUCACUCACUUUGAUCCUUAUUUUAGUGUCUUCACCUGAUUUCCUGACAUUUUCAAUCCUUUUCCGUGUUUCUUCCAUCACUCGCCUCACACCCGCCGCAUUCCACCUCCUGCUCACCCCUAAAAAAACCCUCUCUGAUGAAAACUGCACUGCCAGUGCUACCACACACGUACACACUGAGGUAUAGCUGCAUGUGUUUCCAAUUUCAGGCGUAAUGCUCCGUUCUCCGCAAUCUGACCCAAUUAGCCAGAGCCUCCUGGAAAUGCCCCAGUCGCCAGACACGGUGGCAAAGAGGUAAAGGUCAAAGAUGACGCAAGGACUGUGACUUCGCCUCCCAUCCCCUCUUCGUCUUCAUCAUCUCCACGUCCCUGCUCUGCGUGUCUCUCCCGAUGCCUCGCUCUUGUCGGAUGGGAAACAGCGACACACAGCAGACAGGAUGACAAACCAGCCGACAGCCAACCAGUCCAACGCAAACAAGGAGAAGGAGAAAGAAGAAAACCAGCGAGAUGACAACACGGAGAUUGCCUAUAAAGAUGCUGGCCAUUGUAGCCGCAACACACACAACCUGCUGCUGGGACUCACGGUUAUGGGCGUCGUCAUGGGAGCCGUUUUUGGGAUGAUGCUGCGGUACAUGCAGGUGACAGACAGCGCCGCUCUCACAAUGGUUUCCUUUCCUGGAGAAAUACUCAUGAGGAUGCUGAAGAUGCUCAUCCUGCCUCUUAUCAUCUCCAGCCUUAUCACAGGGCUUGCUGGUCUAGACGCGCGCUCCAGUGGAAGGAUGGGUAGCCGAGCCAUGGUGUACUACAUGUCCACCACUGUAAUCGCUGCCGUCCUCGGGGUCAUCCUAGUGUUAGGGAUCCACCCAGGGAACCCUAAACUGAGGGGAGGCAACUCAUCAUCCACAUCCACGAAAAACCAGGAAGUCAGCAGUCUGGACGCUUUCCUUGACCUGAUUCGAAACCUCUUCCCAGAAAACCUGGUGCAAGCCUGCUUCCAGCAGGUUCAGACGGUGCUGAAAAAGGUGCCGGUCGCAGCACCAAACCAAACUGAGCCCAUAUUAGUCAACAGAAAAAAACUGGAAUACAAAUGGGGCAUGAACGUCCUCGGUUUAAUUGGCUUCUUCAUCACCUUUGGGAUCUGCAUGGGCCGGAUGGGCGAGCGUGGGAAGGUCAUGUGUGACUUCUUCAACAUCCUCAAUGAAAUUAUCAUGACGAUGGUGUCCAUGAUCAUGUGGUACUCUCCUGUCGGCAUCGCCUCUCUGAUUGCAGGAAAGAUCGCAGCUAUCGGGGACUUGGAGGUGGUAGCCAGGCAGCUGGGCAUGUACAUGGUGACUGUCAUUGUGGGUCUGGUGAUCCACGGGGGCUUGAUCCUACCCGCUAUAUUCUUUGCAAUCACCAGAAAAAGCCCCUUUGCUUUCUACUCUGGGAUCUUCCAGGCGUGGAUCACAGCCUUGGGCACUGCUAGCAGCGCGGGGACGUUGCCGGUCACCUUCCGCUGCCUUGAGGAAAAUCUGAAGAUUGAUAAGCGUGUGACUCGCUUUGUGCUGCCCAUAGGUGCUACCAUUAACAUGGACGGCACCGCCUUGUAUGAAGCCGUGGCCGCCAUCUUUAUUGCCCAAAUGAAUGACAUCACCCUGGACGGUGGGCAGAUCGUCACUGUCAGUAUGACCGCCACACUGGCCAGUGUUGGAGCCGCCAGUAUUCCUAGCGCUGGACUGGUAACCAUGCUACUGAUCCUGACAGCUGUCGGCCUGCCUACCCAGGACAUCAGUCUGCUGAUCGCUGUCGACUGGCUGCUUGACCGAAUGCGUACCUCCAUCAAUGUUGUUGGCGACUCGUUCGGUGCCGGGAUUGUGGAUCACUUGUCAAAGACGGAGCUCACCGAACUUGAUGCAGCCGAAAUGCAAACGCUCCCGCAAGAGGAGGAGCUCGAUUUCGUCCCUCCGCCGCCAAUCCUCACGGAGAUGGACAUGGUCGACCCUCUCAAACCGCCCGAGCUGCCUCCUCGUUCCCCUCGCCCACCCAAACAAAACCACCACAGUCACAUACUCUCCCAAUCCCACUCCAUCACUUACUCGCCAUCCCGUUCUGUCCGGUCUCCGUCACCACGCUCCAUCAGUUCUCCCUCUCCGCGUUCUGUCUGUUCCCACUCUCCCAGGCCUUUCCGUACUCAUUCCCCACGCCUCCUGCGCAGGACAGAGCCGGGAUAUUGUGUCCUGCCCAGCCAUGACAAUCAGAUUCCCACACUGCCGCGCUCCUACAGAGAGAGAGAGAGGGAGCGAGAGAGAGACAGAGACAGGGAGCGGGAGCGACUGAGGCGAGAGAGUGAAACUGAGGAGGAAGAGGAGAGGGAGAGGGUUCUGGGCGAAGUAAGCGACGGCGAGGAGAGCGAUGACACCGCUUACGAUCGAAGGCACGCCAUCCCACCGUGCGACCUGCCGUGAUCAGAUUUCACCACCAGCGUGUUUCACAGUCGAUUUGUUUCCACUUUUACGACAGGUUUUAACCACUUUCAGCUUCACUCUUCAGUGGAGGUACAGAGUGGGUUUCUAGCUGGUUGCAUUGCUAAUUUUUCAAUGCACGGAUCUUAAAAUGUCAUGAUGGCAAUGUAGUAAUAUUCCCAAGAAGGGCCCUUCAAACCAGGCCUGAGACUUUUGCUCUGUGGUUGGAUGAUGAAAGAGUUUCUUUUCCUCCUUAUCUUAUCCACUCCAGUCUUGAUUUAUAAUUUUUCUUCUGAAAUCCACCCAAACCUAAAAUGUUCCCAAACACAUAAACGUCCAACGUCGACUGAUGCCAGAGAAUGUGAGUCUGCUCUUGAUGAAAAAAGUCUGCUGGUGUUCUUACCAGCCUUGUAACGCACAAACAGGAAUUCGUUUUGCUCAGAUUCCCUUUGCUUCCCUUUAAGGAAGUUUUAAAAAAUGUACUUUUAAAAGAAAAGUUUGACAUUUUGAGGACAUUUGCAGUGAUGAAACAAUGUAUUCACAGUUAAAGACUAAUAUCAUUAACUGUAAAUAUAUGUAGAACUUCAGGUAUUUUUCAGUGGAAAACGGCUGGCCUGGUUCAAGGUCAUAAAAACAUUUACUAGCACCUUUAAAUCUCAUUCAUUAACAGGUGAUGUCUUUUUCUAAUAAGUUUAAAAACUGAAUUUAAAAUGUGGACUUUUGCUGGAUAUUUAUUUUUUCACUUAAGUGACAGUUUGAUCCUUUCAAAGCCUUGCAUUGCAGGUGGUCACCAGUACUGGUGGAUUUACUGGUGGAGAUAACCAGGAUAGCUGAUUCCUACUAGUGUUUUGGCUGAGAAAACUAGCAGGUAAACUGUAGCUUUAUAUUUAGUAUACUGAUAGAAAGUACUCGUUUUAAUUUUGCUUUAUCAAUAUAGUUCCGUACGUUUGAGACCCUAGGGUACUGGAGUGAAAACCUCCAGAAUCAGAUGAUCCCCUAUGAGCAAGCAGCAGGUGACAGUGGGAAGGAAAAACUCUCUUUUGACAGGAAGAAACCUCCAGCAGAGCCAGACUUGGGGAGGAAAGCCAUCUGCCGUGGCUGGCUGGGAGGCUAGGGAAAAGGAAAAGGAUACAAAGGAGUAAAACGAGGUGCUCAUUGCAGUCUGAGCCUAUUGCAGCUUAACUAACGGAUGCUCCAGGGUCACCUGAUCCAGCCGUAGCCUUGUCGGAAAUGAAAGUAGAGUUUUUCACAUGUGAACUGACUGCAGCUAUGACUAAAGCAGAUUUCUUCCUGUUAUGUGCUACACGCGAAAACUCAUCAUGUGCGAUGAGUUUGUGCGUGAAAGCCGCAAGACAAAUAGAUCUCCCUAUUUAAGACAGCAAAUAUCUUUCAAAAUGUUGAACUAGUCCUUUAAAAAUACCAACUGAUACUUUACAUCUGGCAGACAGUAUUUUAUACAGUUCUCUAGCUUCUUUUAGCUCUUUACAUGUUUAUCCUCAGUGCUCUUUUACCUCAUUCCCUCCGACAUCAGUCACCGUUGAUGUUAAUAUUGUCUAUAUUAUCUAGGGUUUGUAUUUGCUUUGUUGUGGUCUGGUGUGUGAAAUGAUGAAUUUUAGGCCAGAAGCUGUUUCAAUUUUGUCGUUCGUUUAAAUUUACUUGUUAUUUUACUCUUACUUAUUAUUUAAAUUUGUUAAUUGCUGUAAAAUAUCAUCUUCUGUCCCACUGAACUGCCUUUCAUUUCAAAUUGAACUUCAUGAACUGCCUCCCUACAUCCUUGAGUCUCAAUGCAGAGUCACAGGUCCAGAUUGUGUGUAUACUGUAUGUAAUAAAAUCUUAGAGAUUUAUUUAAAGUAA